GUCUCCGUGAGCGCGACGAGAAGAAGAGGAAAACCUCGGGAGCUCAGCCGAUGCGCCGCGCGCGCGCUGUCCGCCGCCGCCGCCGCGACAUGGAUCCGGAGAUGAUGCGCGUGGCGCAGGAGCAGAUGAGCCGGAGGUCCCCGGCCGACCUCGCCGCGCUGCAGCAGCAGCUGGCGUCGAACCCCGGCCUGCUCAGGUUCGCCGCCGAGAGCGUGAAGAACCUGAGCCCCGACGACGUCCGGCGCGCCGCGCGGCAGCUGGGCCAGGCCCGCCCCGAGGAGAUGCUUGACAUGUCCAGGAAGCUCGCCGCCGCCAGCGCCGACGAGCUCACCGCCAUGAAGGCGCAGGCCGAGGCCGAGGCCGAGCAGCGGCGGGUCUCCCAAGCGGUGUCGAGCGCCGGGGCGCUCAAGGCGCGGGGCAACCAGCUCCACGGCCUCGGGCGGUACGCCGAGGCCGCCGCCCAGUACCGGCUCGCCGCGGACAGCCUCAGGGCCGCGCCGCCGUCCCGGGAGGCGCGGUCGCUGCAGGUCCUCUGCGCCGUCAACCUCAUGUCCUGCCACCUGAAGACGCGCCGCUUCCAGGAGUGCGUGGACGAAGGCUCCGAGGUCCUCGCCUACGACCCGGGCAACGUGAAGGCCUACUACCGGAGGGGCCAGGCGUACAGGGAGCUGGGAAAGCUUGAGCAGGCCGUGGCUGAUCUGCGCAGAGCCCGCGAGCUCUCCCCCGACGAGGACGCCAUUGCCGGGGCUCUGAGAGACGCCCAAGAAAAGCUUGCACUGGAAAUGGAAGCAAAGGAUCAUCCAAGACCAAGAGGAGGCGUCGUCAUCGAAGAAAUAGUCGAAGAAGAAGAGCCAUCAAGCAGCCAGACGAGGUCGUCUUCAACCUCUGGCUACAUCGUCUCGGAGCCUUCUGAUCCUGCGGCCGACGCGCAGGAGUCCAUGAUGAUGAGCUUCUUCAUGAAUGGCGCCCCCGCGAUGUCCCCGGAGGAUCUGGACCGGGCGGUGAGGCUGGUGGUGAUGGACGGAGCACGGCAGGUGGCGGAAGCCGCGAGGAAGGCGAAGGAGCUCCUCCUGGGCGCGAACGGGUUGGUUCUUCCCAUUGCCGUGCUCGUCCUGGCCGUCGUCUUCCACCAGCUGGGAUUCGUCAGUGCGCGAUGGCUUCAGUUCGUGGCGAUAGCAGUAGUUCGUAGAGUUCUUGCUCUUCGAGGUUUCAAGUAGUUAAUCGACUUCGAAUCGAGCUAGUGAUGUUAUGAAUAAAAAAUCUCAGGCUAGGAAUUUUUCUCUUUUUUUUUCGGUUCAGUUUUGUACCAGUUCUACUUCUAUACUUGAUAUAUUCAUUCAUGCUCUUCGGUCGCUUCAUAUAUAGCAGCAUGGUUUAGUUUAUAUUGGUAUAAAACGAGAAAUCCAAAGGAAAUAUAA